AAACGGCUUGUGUUUCUAGGCAACCAAAAGGAUUUAGAAAACUUAGAACACAGUGAUUUAUAUAAUCGUAGACAGUGACUCACCUUUUAAAACGAGUGGAGGAAGUACCGCGUCCACUCAGACGACAUUACGACCCCGUAGCAGCAUCAGCAGAGCACAAAGUCCUAGGUGCAAUGUCACUGUUGGAUGUGUUGACCAUUGGACACACGGCAUCAGACGCUGUCACUUGGCUGCUGUUUCUUCUGUUGCUGCUGCUUCUCACAGUCUGGGAAUGGACACACUGGUCACACAUACCAGGUCCAUCCUUUCUGGCAGGAAUCGGUCCAAUUCUUUCCUACGCUCACUUCAUCUGGACCGGCAUCGGAACAGCCAGCAACUACUACAACAAGAAAUAUGGUAGCAUUGCGCGGGUGUGGAUCAACGGUGAGGAGACGCUUAUCAUCAGCAGGUCGUCUGCAGUGUAUCACAUCCUGAGAAGCGCCCAUUACGUUGCCCGAUUUGGGAAUAAAAAAGGCCUGGAGUGUAUCGGGAUGGAAGGGAAGGGUAUUAUUUUUAACAGUAAUGUGGUACUCUGGAAAAACAUCAGGAGGUAUUUUUUGAAAGCACUGACGGGACCAGGUCUUAAGAAGACGGUAUCCGUCUGCGUGCGUUCAACAGAAGAACAUUUGGAUCACCUCCAUGACAUGACAGAUCCAUCGGGACACGUGGACGCUCUCAAGCUGCUGAGAGCCAUCAUAGUGGAUAUCUCCAACAAAUUAUUUCUCAGGGUGCCUCUCAACGAAAGGGACUUGCUGCUCAAAAUUCACAACUAUUUUGAGACUUGGCAGGCAGUUCUGAUUAAGCCGGAUAUAUUCUUCAAAAUUGGAUGGCUCUACAAUAAACAUAAAAAAGCAGCCCAGGAACUGCAAGAUGAAAUGGAGAUGCUUCUUGACCUGAAAAGAAAAGCCAUAAAAGAAUCAGAGAAGCUGGAUGAAGAGCUUGACUUUGCAACAGAACUCAUCUUGGCGCAGAACCAAGGAGAACUCUCUAGUGACAAUGUGAGGCAGUGCGUGUUGGAGAUGGUGAUCGCCGCUCCGGACACGGUCUCCAUCAGCCUGUUCUUCAUGCUGAUGUUGCUCAACCAGAAUCCAGACACAGAGCACAACCUAAUGGAGGAGAUGGACUCGGUCCUCAAUGGAAGUGGAGCAGAAAAUGUGGAUUAUUCACGUCUGAAAGUGCUGGAGGUUUUCAUCAAUGAGUCCUUGAGGUAUCAUCCAGUGGUUGAUUUCACAAUGCGCAAAGCUCUGGAAGAUGAUGUCAUUGAAGGCAUCCGCGUUAAAAAGGGAACCAAUAUCAUUCUCAACAUCGGUCUCAUGCACAAAACAGAAUUCUUCCCCAAACCCAAAGAGUUUGACCUCCAGAAUUUCGAAAAACCGGUCCCUAAACGUUUCUUCCAGCCGUUUGGAUGUGGGCCUCGCUCCUGCGUGGGCAAGCAUAUCGCCAUGGUUAUGAUGAAGGCCAUCCUGGUUACGCUCCUGUCUCGUUUUAGCGUGUGUCCUCGCCAAGGCUGCACCGUCAACAGCAUCAGGCAGACCAACGACCUGUCGCAGCAGCCAGUUGAAGAUGAGCAGAGCCUGGCCAUGCGCUUCAUUCCAAGAAUGACACAACAAUGCCACGCGGACACUGUCGACUCCGAACAUAUGCUUGGGUGAACAAUCAUGGCACCUUUUUAUCUCAUUCACAAUGCGUGAUGAAAACUUAGUAAACUGGCACAUUAACCCUUUAUAGUGUACUCAUUUAACUCAUUGGCUGCCAUUUACGCCGCGAGAUACUCAAUUCAUUUUAACUGGGAAAGGUUGGCGACGAAUAAUCACUGCCAACCCUCCCAGUCAAAAUGAAUUGAACGUCUGGGGUCAUCAAUGGCAGGCAAUGAAUUAAGUUCUAUGAGGUUACGAACUAGUGUACUACAACUGGCUAAAGGCUGUGACGUACUACUACUCUACUGGCUAAUUACCAACCUAGAGGCAAAUACAAGUUCUGACACGAAACAUCAAAAAUACGG